AUGGAAAUUAGCACUGAGUCCACUUUUAAGCCAAAAUUAGAACUGAAAUUCAUUAAAAAUAUCACCACUCCUCUUUCUGAGCGUUCUAAACCACAUUCCAAAACCCCUCAAAGGUUUAAUAAGAAAAGAUUCAUUGAGACUUUUGUAAACUCUGUACAUACAAGCCGAGAAGAGCCUUCAGAAAACUCAUUUCCGCCUUCAUCAUAUAGAUUCCCUGACAAAUUGCAGUUUAAGCCUUUACAAAGGCUUCACAAAUUGAAUAAAAAAUAUCUUCUCCCUGAAGAAAAUUCUUUAUUAUCAAGCUACAACAAUGAAGAUGCCUCUCCUUAUUUGCAUACACCUAGAAAAAAGCUUAAUUACUUGCAAAAACUUUUUGAAAAUCUCACAGAUCAACAAUUUUUAACUAAAACUCAAAUAUCCUCUCCAACAAAAACAAUAGAAAGCUUAAAAAAUGAGUCAGAAAUUGAUAGCAGUUUCUCUUCAAAAAUACAAAGUCGAUUUCCCUUGAUAAGGCAUGAAAAAUCUCCUAUAGGAAAAUCCUUUACAGAUCGAGUUAAAUUUUUAGACCUAAAAAUAUCUAAAAAAGAAGAUUUUUUAUUUACCUUUAGAGUGGCUGACACAAAAGAAUUGACAAGGGAAGAUUCAAAUUUUCCUAAAAGCGAAAAUUGUUCUCCUGUCAAAGUUCUGAGAUUCCCCAGAGAAAUUUUCACUAAUAAAGUGAAAAGGAUUAGACAUUAA